AUGGAUCCACAAACCAUCUAUUUGCCAUUUCCGGAAAGUCGUGAUCAUGGAAGUCAAGUUAGAACAUUCGCCCGCAUGAAGAACUCCCGGGUAAACUCGAUUGCUAUUUGUCAGUACUGUAAAGGUUUUCAUAUGUCAUUCGAGGAGUGUGGGAAUAACUCAUUCAAGAUGAGUGAAGUCAUCUCUGAUUGCAUGGUGUCCCCGUCGAUUUCGAUACCGAUACGUCUGGACGAUAUACCGGAAAUCGAUAUUGAAGGACCCAAAAUCUCAACAACAAUACUGCUUUCCAACGGAUUUGAUGGUACCGGGGAUAGAGACGACCGACGUGUUGGCUCUACUCAACCACCACCAGAGAACAAACUUUUACCGAAACAACGCCCAUUAAGACUCCCACUUCCCCCGUCCUCGCGUCAUCAAUUAGUGGCCUCUCCGUUCAAUCCGUUGCCAUUGUCGCCGGCAUUUUCCGAUACAUCCAGCCAAUCUAUCUUAUCCGAAAUCUCAAGAAUAUCAGAGUUAUCGAAGCCUCCACAUGAAGAUGGAGACGACUAUCGUCUUGAAAAGUCGGAUUUUAUACGCCAAGAGUUGAGGAAACCCGCCGUUCCAAUUGAUGAGAUACACACAUUGGAAAGUCUGAUUGACGACCUGUUACACGAAGGGCCGUCUCUAGAGUUUGAAGUUAUUGCCCAUGCUCGGUUGGAUAAAAUAGUGGAGGAGAUUUUGCAACAUGUGAGGAACAAUUUCCUGAGCCAUGGGCCUUCAUUCAGACAAGUUAUGAGGAAAGUACAAAAGCUUCGCGAGCAAUGGAUUGAAACUUUCGGAGAAAGAUAUCAUGCCAUGGAUGAAGAGCGACUGAAGGUCAUGAAGAAGGAUGGCUGUCUUCGGGACUUGGACUUACAAACAAAUGGUGAGGUAUCGAAAGUAAAUGGCCCUAUGUGGAAAAUAAGAAGAGUCGAAACCUUUUCAGAGAAGGAAGCAAAUGAGAAUUUUGAGCCAGGAGCCUGGUUUUUGAACACAUAUUGCGCCGUCCGUGACGGGAUCGUGUCUGACGCAAAAGAUGGGUUCAUUUGGGGAGGGAAUCGGAAACCUGUUGCAUUUUCGAUGCUCUCCGGGUUUGAAAUCAAAGGCAUCGGAAGGCGAGAGUGGAUACACAUCAUCGAAUCAAGAGUUUGCGCAUACCAUGCUGUUAGACUCACUUGUGUUGGGUCGGUGGUCAGACUUCUGCGAGGUCACAAACUGAAGAGUGAAAGAGCACCCAGACUUGGGGUACGGUAUGAUGGCCUCUACAAGGUCGAAAGUUGGGGCCAAGUUCUCUUGAAGCCUUCAUCUGGACCUGACAUUUAUCGUAACACCAUAACCCUUGUAGAACUUGCAGGACAAAACACGAUGGAAGAACUAGAUGUAGUUCCAACCCCAUGGCAGAUGGACAACUUCAUCAUCUACAACAGGAUGAUUGAGAAUGAAAUAAAGGCACGCGAGGGUGAGGCUGCUUACAAAGAACACAGGUCUUCGGAAAGCAAAAAGGAAACAGCUCGAAAAGUUUUCAUCUCGAAAUUGAAAGCUUACGAUCAGCCUGCAUACAAAUUGCUCGAUGAUAGGACCCACAGACUCGAAAAUGCAUUUCCGCUUCCACUUUCCUUCGAACCAUACCCGGCAUCACCGCCGAGGGAUACAACAUGGAAUUGA